UAAACCGUGUUCAAAGCCAAACGGAAAACGAUUCAGAUUAAAGGAAGAAGGAAGAGGGAAGAAGGAAUGACAUCUUCAAGCGGUGCCAGAUGCCAAGUGUGGAUAGGCUGUGAGACACACCCUGAGCAUCUGACUGUAUUGCCUUGCCAGUGAAGGAAAACGCUGCCUGCUGAGAGUCAUAAUGGCUGGCAUUGGCCAUUUGGCCUUGGCAAUGGCAAUGGCAAUGGCGAAAGGUAAAAAGGGCAAGCCUUUUUUUGUUUUCUAACUUUGUCAGCUUCAGGAGUGGAGUCAGAUGGCAACCAGUCUCACAGUCUGUGGUCUCGUGCCCCAACCUAACAAGAUGAACACAAACUCCCACAGAAAGGGCAGUCGUGAAUUUAAGGCAGACUCUAAAUCUCUGCAAAUCGCGAUCUUGAUUUCCAAAACUCCAUUGCCGAACACAGAAACUAUUAUAUUCCCUUCCCUGGUUAUCAUUUAUGGCCUUUCCUUUUAUCUGCCGGCUGCAGCAGCAUGGAAUGCGUGCAGCCAAAUCCCUAUUAAAGCCCAUCGCUUGCAGCGCAGCGCUGUUGGUUUUCAAGUAGAGAAGAGAAAGAAGGCAGAGGGGAGAGGAAGGAGAGGGCGGUGCAGAAACCUGGAAAGCUGGGAUUCUUUUUUUUUUUUUUUUAAAUCUUAAUCUGUGCUUGAUUGUUUGGUGUCAGCUUCCUUAUUCUCUGGGGAUUUCUUCUCGCCUUCGAAGUCUCAGCUUUUCCCUUCUUGUCUAUCCGUGUUGGCAUGGAGUCAUCGGAUCGGCAUGAGGAGGUCAUCAAGUUCCAGCAAGCCCUGGGCCUGCCCCCGACGCAUGAGGGAGAUCCGAGCCCGGAUGUAUCAGAAAGCAGGGAUGUUUUGCCUUCCGCCGCGGUGGCGGCGGAGAAGGAUGGCCAAAGGAAGCAACUUGCGCCGAAGCGGAGCUCCAACAAGGAUCGGCACACCAAGGUCGAGGGCCGGGGGAGAAGGGUCCGGAUGCCCGCGCUCUGCGCCGCUCGGAUCUUCCAGCUUACCAGAGAAUUAGGGCACAAGUCCGACGGGGAGACUAUACAGUGGCUCCUCCAGCAGGCGGAGCCCUCCAUUAUCGCUUCCACCGGCACAGGUACAAUCCCUGCCUCCGCACUCGCCUCCGCCGGUUCUAUCUCCCGCCCUGCCGCCCCCACGGCCGCUACAAGGAUCCACCCCAAGCUCGAUGAGUUAGGACAGGGAGCUGCGGCCGCCCCUUGGACCAUGCUGGGGUCUGCUAACUUUGCCCGGCCCCCCCUUCCAGGGUUGCUGCUGCCUCAUGGUGUCCUCGAAUCCGGACUGUUCCACUCUGGGCCACCGCCGGCAGCGGAGUCAAGUUCCAGACUUGGGACUGCGGCCAGCAGCAAUGGCUCUUCGAUGAGCGGAUUCGUACAGAAAUCGGGGGUGCAUGGCCUGGAUUUGACUGGCAAUGACAUGAGCACAAUGAGCUUUGUGUCGAUGCUAACCGCGCAUGGGCAGCAGGUGCCCGGGUUAGAGCUCGGCCUCUCCCAGGAGGGGCAUGUUGGAAUGAUCAACCCACAGACCUUGAACCAGUUCUACUCGCAAAUUGGGCAUAUAAGUGGUGCAGCUGGUUCUGGUGAGAGCGAGCAAUUUUGCAACCGCCAGCAGCAGCAGGCCUUCUCUGCCAGCGACGAUUUGUGCGAGUCAAAAUAGGCUCUAGAGGACCUCAACCUAGAUCUGAUGAUCAAACAGAAUGAAACAUGCAAUGUUUAGCCAGUGAGAGUAGCAAAUAUUCUAUGUUUCUUGAUUAGUUGGUUUAUUUCGUCUGCGUGACUUCGAUUUGUAUUAAGAAGAGCAAUGACACAGGGGUUAUUCAGUCACCAUAGAACUGGCUGAUUGGUUCUUCCCUCUGCCUUUUCCUUAGUCUGCAAUCUUCAUUUGCAUAUUCAUAAUUCCGCGUGCAGGUCUAGAGGCAGAGCCAGAUAUUUGGGCAUGCAGCUUAUUGAGUCAUUUAAAUCUAGUUCUUUGUUUACUACAGCCUCGUUGAGUGCCAUGCUUGCACAACUUAAGAUGAUGAUGGCACUGGUCAAUGUCCAGCGAUUUAUUCAUCCAUGGAUUGCCUUCGAUACUCAGAUAAAGGGUACCAAAGGAGCUCUUUAUCAGCUAAGAUUGAAAGUGCAUAUUGAAAAGUUCAUGCUUCAAGUGAACGGUAUGAGAACCUUUUAGUAAACAAACCAUGAACUGUCUAUCUUUGUAGUUAUUGUUUCAGUGAGCUAAUUUGUCCAUAAAACCACUUCAAAUUUGCUUCCUUUCAUAUUUUUGUUCUGUUAUUCUUGGAUCUAAAACUGUGCAUGAAAUGUUCUCUUUGCUACUUAUCGAUUUCAGAACAGCCUCACUUUCUAGCUGAAGAGAAAACAGUGUUUCUUAUUCCGAUCAUAGUUCUAAUUCAUUUGUAAAUUUAUCUCUAACUUUCCUUCCAACUAUGGCAUCAAAUAAUAUCACGGUAUCAUUUAGAGUUAAUUAUGAUUUAUAACAUGUCAAUUAAGAUCACUUUAAAUUUGCUUAUAGCGAUUUACUAGUCCUGGCAUCUCUAUUUCUUUGAUGUACAAUAUAUCAGGAUUGAGGUGCAGGAUUGAUGUGCAAAGGAUAACUUUUAAUUAGGGUUUUCAAUUUGGUUGCCGACGACAUGGAGCUCCGAUCAGGUUUAUUUUUCAUGUUUGAUAAAGCGGUUAGCAGAACGGAUCCUACGUAGGUAAAAUUUCUCACUGAUCUUCGUGUAAAUCACAUGUAAAAGAAGCCUAAUUUAUGUUUGCAAGAUGUAACAAAUGGGGGAAUAUCAUGUGUUCGAUCAAAUUGAUCGACAAUCAAGGGUUCACUAAAUGGUUAGGGUGGAUCCACCUAGAUGAUUUGGUAAUAUAAAGAACUUAUUGUCCAUCCCCAUCUUGAUUUAUUCACUCAUCUUCACCUGCAUAGCAUUUACGAUAGGCGUUCUUCCCAUAAUUGCCCUUGCAGCUAAUUCUUACACGAAAUCGCAAAGCUAAAGUCGACUCCUCCCAAUCUUCAACUCCAAGUCCUAGCAGUUUAGCUAAAUUAACUUGGCUGACAUUCCAAAUUUAGUCAUUUGAAGAUGGCAAAGGCUUCAACCAAGUAGGAAGGAGCUCAACUUGGAGCUUUUGUCUAUUUACGAAGAAGUUGUUCAAUUUUGGGAUCAUCAGUUUUAGCUUAAUCCGUGGCAGUUAACAUGAGGUGAAAAGGAGGUACUGAAGGCCCAUAUCGAAUUAAUGGAUGAGCUAAGAGGUAGCUAUAUAUGAGGUUGAUGAGUAGAAAGGCAUUCAAGGAGCAUGUAAAGAUAGAGAGGAAAAAUAUAAAUAUUCAAGAAGUUAAGAUGAGAUAGGAUUAAGGGUACAAAUGAACCGAACCAAAUUAAAUAAUAUAAAAAUAUUAAUAUCCAAGUUCGAGUUCAAAAAAUAUGAGUGCCAUUCGAUCGAUGCAAAGUUCGAAAUUACAAAUAAUUUUGGCUUGAGUUCGGUUUGAAAUGGAAUUCGAGCUUGAUUUGUUUCAAAUUGUUUAAACCUUGAUUCAAGUAGAAUUAAACUAUACUUCAAAAAUGACUUAAAUUUGAGUUCAGAUCGUGUUAUUUAAAUCUUAAUUUAAGCAUAUUCAAACCAAAGUUGUGUACAAUAUAAUAAAAAUAAAUAGAGUCAAUUUAACAAUUUAGCUUGUCAGUGGCUCGUGAACAAUUGAACGGAAUAUUAUAUAUUCAAAUUUGAAUAAAAAAUUAUUGUGCAUAUUUGAGUUCGAACCAAAUUCAAUAAUUUUGAUUCAAAUAUUGUUUUAGUUGGCUCAAAAAGCUUAUGAGUUUCAUUCGUUUGCAACCCUACAUAGAAUGAUGGGGAGUAGUGGGAAGUAGGAUGUGGCUUGAAGUCGUAACUCAUUUCACCUUGGAGAUUCAUGAGUAGGUCUAAAAUAUUUUCCAAGUUUUAAAUAGAGACACAUGGCCGAAACACAUAUUCAUCAAAGGAUAUCCAUAUAUUCAGAUCCUUGAUGUCUUUGCGAGUGAUUCAAAUGCAUUGAUGUAUUGAAUCGCAAAUGACUUUCAGGGAAGUGGUGCCUCAAAGGUGUGCUCGGAUACUGCUUAUGCGAUUGCUAGUUUUGUGGAGCUUAGUCAAAGUUUUUAAAGCUUAUUUUAUGGGUUGUACUAGGAUCUAUUGAUGUGCAGAUAGAUUGAUGGCAUCUAAGGGUUGGGACAAGCCGCUCUCAAUGUUUGUGAAGAGGUUCGUUAAGAUGCUAAGACAGGUAUGCGACUCUUAUCUAGCUAUUUUGAUGACUGCUUUCGAAUUUCAUUGAAACGAUGCAAAUUUCUGCACUCUCCAUUUGUAAAUUCAUCUCAUUAUUACGACGACAUGCUUCAAAUGCAAGUAAAUAUGAAACUAAUAAGACAAUGCAAGAGAAGAUGGAAGAGUUGGAACUGAGAAAGAAUGAGGAGCCAAGGAGGUUUCAUCAAGGGAAAGAAGAUGGCAUCAAAGAGGUUAAAGGAGAUAUCCAACAGUCAAAGGUGUUUAUGAAAAUCAAGGUUAGAAUUUACUUCCCAAGACGCAACCAAUUCUGUUUGUGAUGUAUAAGAGGGAUCAUGCACAUGAUUCAAAUAAAUGUAUCAACUUGAGGAAGUUUAGGGGGUAUUCAAAUUGUAUGUAUGCAAAUGAAUGUAUUCAAAUCGAAGAGUUGAUCAAGGGAUAUUUGAGGAAGUUUAUGGGGCCUAAAAGGGAAGAUAUUUACUAGAGGAGCAAGGGAAUCCCAA